AUGAUAUCAUCUAUAGAUAACUAUUAUUCUACAAAUUAUUCUAAAUGUAAUCUCAGUGAGAGCUUCUUAGCUUCUUGGAAAGGAGUUGCGUACCCUACUGAUUUUAUUCAAAUAUUUUCCCUACCACUUCAAAUCCUCGCAUUUUACAUUAUCCUAACAAAAACUCCAGUUCAAAUGAAAAGUAUGAAGUGGCCAUUGUUCUAUAAUCACCUAUUUUGUUCCAUUUUCGACGUGAUUCUAUGCACUUUUUCAACUAUUUACAUAAUUCUUCCGAUGCUGGGGGUCUUCACUGUCGGAGUUUUUAGUUGGUUGGGGAUUCCUAUUAUCCUGGAGUUGAUUCUCCUUACGUGCUCUUUGCUGUCACUUGCCUUCUCCUACAUCUACCUCUUCGAGAGUCGCAGCCGUGCGGUUUCACAGAAUCCGUUUAAAAUGAGCAGGAAAAGCACGAGAAUCAAAUAUUAUUCCUAUUUAAUAUUAUCUUACUCCACUAUUUUCAUAUUUCUUAUAAUUAUCCCUUCCGACCAGGAAACUGCAAAACUUCAAGCGUUGCAAGCUUACCCCUGCCCGACACAAGAGUUUUUCACGUUUCCAAUUCUGAUUCUAAACUCUGAUUCAACAACUUCCACAUUUAUAGUGAUUAUUUUUAUGCCUAUAUUCAUAGCUCAUUCAGUUGGUCAUGGCGUUUUUCAUGUUACAUGGACAAUAUGGUAUUUGUAUGUUGCACCUUCAAAUCAAGUUUCGAUAGAGACUCAGAAGAAGCAAAAAACGUUCCUCAAAAAUGUUAUAUUGCAAUUUUCGAUUCCAUCAGUAUUCAUUUUAUUCUCAGUUGCAAUUAUUUUUACAUCUAGUUUUUAUUCGCAAGAAAUGAUGAAUCUAGGUGUGGACGUUGCAGGACUUCAUGGCAUCGGUGAAAGUAUUGCAGUUAUUUUCGUUCAUUCACCUUACCGGAAAGCCGCUGGGCAGCUAAUUUUCAGAUGGAACGAUCCACAAUCUAGCACACGAGUUUCUGCUGUACGGGGGAAUUCCAGUGCGUUCACUAUUUGA